AUGGGCGAGACCUGCGGACCGCAGUGCCUCAGCCGCGCGGAUUGCACGCAUUUCACGUGGAGUGCCUUCAACGGCGGCACGUGCUGGCUCAAGGGGGCGAUCAACGCGACUGAACUGGUCCCCGCCACUGGCACGUCGUGCGGUUACCGCGUCGGCGACAGCGCGACCGGCAACCCGUACACGGGAGUCCAGCAGUAUCUCAACCGCGGGUACGCGGCGAGUGUGAAAUCCGCAAUGCUCGCCGCGUCUCGCGAGAACGCGCCGUUUUUCGCGAGCGUGGCGGAGAAUCCGACGGCUGUGUGGCUCGACAAUAUGGCGUCCCUAGAUUCCAUCCCGGGCCACCUGGAAGAGGCAGCGAUUCAAGGGGGUGCGAAGGCGAUUCUCGUGCAAUUCGUGAUCUACGACCUCCCGGGCCGCGACUGCAAGGCGUGGUCGUCCAAUGGGGAGAUUCCCAAGGGCGGCCUCGACACGUACAAGGCCAAGUACAUCGAUGUUGCCGUGGCGCGCCUUAAAAACAAGGCGGCGAACGUGCGUCUGUCGCUCGUGAUCGAGCCCGACUCGCUGCCCAACAUCGCGACGAACAUGGGGAUGAAUCGGUGCGACGCGACGACGGAUAAGGAGUACACGGAGGGCGUCGCGUAUGCCAUCGCGGAGCUCUCGCAGAUCCCCGACACCACGCUCUAUCUCGACUCCGGCUUUGGCGGCUGGCUCGGGUGGCCGGAGGGAAUGAAGCGCGUGGUGGCGGUGUACAUGAAGGUCCUCGCGCGCGCGCGGCAGAUCCGCGCGAACGCCAAGAUCCGCGGCUUCACGUCUAACGUGGCCAACUACAGCCCGCUCUUCGCGAGGAGCUUCCCGCUCUUACCCUCCGUCUGUCCCGCCUUGGAGAAAUGCCCACUGGUGAAGAACCCGAGCACGGGCGAGACUAACUACGACUGGAACCCUUGCAUCGACGAGAACCGAUUUACCGCACGAAUGAAUGCGUACCUGGGAGCCUUGGGAUUGCCGACCAGGUGGAUCGUGGAUACCAGCCGGUCCGGCCGCGCUGGCAUUCGCAACCGCUGGGGGUCGUGGUGCAACGUGAAGGGCGCGGGGAUCGGACAGCGUCCCGAGGCGAAUCCCGGAAGUGCUCCGCAAGGCUCCGUUCCUUUGGCGCACACCUUGCUUGCCCUGCUUGCAGUUGACGCUCUGGUCUGGAUCAAGCCGCCUGGGGAAAGCGAUGGCCACGCGUAA